CAACCAUUUGAUUGCUCUUUAAUUUUCAAGUCUAAUGGUAGAAAAGUGUGAAAUAUAUUAAGCACAACUACAAAACGGCAGCUAACUACGGCGAAGGUGCUCGGAGGCCUGGUUUAGUAUUAUCGUGAGCCUUUAUUCAUCUGCAGAGGUAUCCUGUGGAGUGGUCGUGAGAAGAGCCAACCGAACGAAAAACGGAGGAAAAUGUCUUUGCAGGCAGAAUUUGAGCAGCACGCGGAGGAUGUGAAGAAGGUGAAGAGCAGGCCCACUGAUCAGGAGCUCUUGGACAUGUAUGGCUAUUACAAGCAAGCCACCGUUGGGGACGUAAACAUCGACAGACCUGGGAUGUUGGAUAUGAAGGGGAAGGCCAAAUGGGAUGCAUGGAAUUCCAGGAAAGGUAUGUCUAAAGAGGAUGCCAUGACCGCCUACAUCGCCUUGGCCAAGGAGAUCAUUGCCAAAUAUGGCAUGUGAUGACAGAAACCUGAGUGAAAUUUAGAAUUGAGAAAAGCAAUAGAAAAUACAUGCAUUUAUUAACUAUUCAAGUUUUUAUUUGUAGUGUUGCAUUAACCCUAACUUCAUUUGUCAUUUUACUUUUAAUUCUUGCACAUAAUUACUUCUGAUCAUUUAAGUCAUGCACAUUUUGUUUAUGUAACUGGUUGACUGAUUUAUUUAAUAAAUUCUAUUCAUUUAGAAA